AUGGAUGGUGGAACACAUAAAUAUGCAGUUACGUAUUCAAAUUUACGGGUAAAUAAGCAAUUUAAGACGUUGAAAGAACAAGAGAAGUAUAAAAAGAGGUUUAAAAACAGUCUCAAGAGUAACAAGAAUAAAUGGCAGUUUACAAAUAAUGGAAUUGAAUCAAAAGUACUCAUUUCCAAACAUAAGUUGAAACGUAGAAGUGAUAUCCUUAAGAAACAUUAUAUAUCAGAAAAAGAAAUGGAGUUUCUGGUAGAUCAAGUUACAAAUAGUAAGGUAGCAGAACAGUCGAGUAGUGCUGGCCAAGGUACUACAAUAGAUAAUAUUAUUAUGGACCUUCAGGAAAUGGAAAUUAGUGGACAGGAUAAUGUCGCUCCUUGGCAAGAAAUACUCGGGAGGCAAGAACCUAUUACAAGGGCAGAAUUUCAUCAGAAAUUGAAUAGUAUUAGAGAUAAACGUCUUUUAAUGACAUAUUGUAAUGGUGUUAGAAGAGGGAGGCGUGCACGUGGUGUUACUCAUGACUACGUGGUUAAUCAGUAUGCAAUUAAAGCUCGUAAAUUAGAGCAAGUAAAGGAAGAAAAGUGGCGCGGUAUUAGUGGUAAAGAUAAAAAAGCUAAGUCACAUAAUAAACGCACUGAAGUGGAUGUGAAAGAUGUUGACUGUAAUAUGUUAGAAAGUAAUUGGAAUAAAUGGAAUGAUUUGGCAUUUCAUCGAGGUGGUCAUUAGGCAAAUUUUUAGAUAGAUCAUGACAGUCACCUUUGAAUUUGAGGUUGCAUCAUGGUUUUUAACAAUGAUGUGAUCGUUUAGGUGACAGGUCGACUUGUUCUUUAUGAAAAGUAGUCUUGUUUCAUAAUGCUUAAUUCUUAUAUGUAUUUG